AUGUCGGAUCCUUUCGUCUGGCCUUGGGUGAUAUGGGACAUUUCCCUAAAAGGAGUGUCCGGGCGAUCGAAAGCGUUGAACCUACCCAGUUAUUGCAACACUCAAGGUUCAGAGGUCACGCAAGCACAAUGGGCAAAUACACUUAAAGAUAAAUCUAAUUCUCAAUAUGUUGUUCAACAAUAUUAUGAACCGUUAAAAUUCAUGUCAAUGAACAUUGUUGGAAUGUUUUUCUGUUUUAAUCAACAGUGUUUCAAUAUGGGAAUUAUAAGAAUGUCAAAUGAGUCUGUUGUCAAUAUCAGCGAUGGAGGCUACUAUAUUCGUCCAUUUGUACGGAGACAUGUUUAUCGCGAUCCAUGUGGAGGAAUAUUGACAAAAUCUGCCUUGCAUGAACAAAUAUUGAGUAGGAAUGGGGAUGAUGACAGAUGGAAACACAUGUAUUUGUCCUCAUCGGGUGGCUCGGGAGGGAAAAGACUCUUUUUUGCAACUGAUAUUAAAGAAAAUCAGUUUCAACGAAAGAUUCUAGUGCAAGGAAUGAUUGAGCACAAAGUAUUUAACGAAGCUGACAUUUGUCUAAAUCUCUUUGAAGCUAACAACAUGUAUCGUUCUUGCGAAAUAUUCAACGACUUCUGCGCAAUUGCCAAUGUGACUACUUUGCCAAUGGGUUUUAAAUCUUGUGACUCAGAUGUUCUCAAAAUUAUCCGUAUGUUCAAGCCAAAUGUGUGUAUGUCUUCACCGUAUCGACUAAUGCAACUAACUCUAUUUGCCAAUAAAAUGGGCGAGAGCAUUAAAUUUGACAAGAUAAUAUUUUCUUGCGAACCGUUGCAAGAAUCCAAUCGAGAAUAUUUUCGACAUGCACUUCAGUGUGACUGUUUUAUGGGAAUGUACGGGUCAGCCGAACUUGGUGUUUUUGCUUUUCAAUCACCAGCACUUUCAGCUACAUCUUCCUACAUCUACCCAAAAAGUUUGGUUCAUAUCGAAAUUGUAGCCGAUGACAAUAACAGCAAACAGUAUGGAAGAAUUAUUGCAACAAAUUUAGUCAGGCGACAAAAUCAAUUGAUUCGUUUCGACACAGGUGACAUAGGUCAACUAGUUUCGGUUGAUAGUGAUAAAUAUGGAAUACUGAAUGUGAAAUCCAGCCAAAGGCUCUUACUAGUGGGUAGUGGAAGUUUAUCAAAAUCAGAUAUUGAUCAAUGUAUGAUGGAAGAAUGUCACUCAUGUAUCGAAUGGCAGUUGCUAAUAGAUCAAGUUGAUGAAAAAGCGUCUGUGACAUUUAGAUAUGUGAUUCGGCAAGGAGAAACAUCAGAAAAUAUUGUGUCUAACAUCAAAAAUUAUUUAGAAAAAUGCUUUAACUCAUCGAACUAUAACGAAGAAAUAUAUUUAAACUUUGAAUGCAUCCAACUGACCGAUCUUAUACGUUCGACUGUUUCAAACAAAGUAUUAAAAAUAAUCGAUAGACGAAUUUACUAA